CCCUGUCAAUAAUCCCGAAUCCAGACUCUCUCUAUUUCCAUCCCUCUCUAUCUGUCAAUCAGCGCCGCCUUUGAACUGAAAACCACUCCGACCAACUUCAACUCCCUCAAUCCGAGCGCCUCAGCUCCGUCUCCGGCUUCUGUUUCUGCCAAGAUUGCCCUCUUCUUUUUGACUUUUGAACACUCACCCAGCCAAACGCCACUGCGAGUCCCUUAAACUUAAAACUCGGGAUUCGGGGAUCACACCAAGAUCAAGGGUUUCAAAACUUUUGGGUGUUUUUGACCCCCCGCAAAAUUAGCGCUCCUCGGGAAAAAUGCCGCAGCUGAACGGCGGUGGAGGGGACGAUCUGGGUGCGAACGAUGAAAUGAUUUCCUUCAAAGACGAAGGCGAGCAGGAGGAAAAGAUUUCGGAGAACUCCUCAGCAGAAAGGGAUUUAGCAGAUGUCAAAUCUUCUCUCGUAAACGAGUCGGAAACGAAUCAAAACAGCUCGUCGGAUUCUGAGGCGGAAAGACGGCCUCCGCCUAGAUCUGAAAGUUUCAGAGACAAAACAAGAGAAAGUUUAGAGGAGGCUGCGAAAAGGCAAGAUGGAGGGCUGUUCAAGAGCCCACCGUACCCGGGCUAUCCAUUUAUAAUGAUUCCCGACCUCACGAGCCCGUACCUCCCGAACGGAUCUCUCUCACCCACCGCGCGCACAUAUCUACAGAUGAAAUGGCCCCUGCUAGAUGUUCAAGCAGGAAGUCUUCAGAGUAGACAAGCACUUAAAGAUGCCAGGUCACCUUCUCCAGCACACAUCGUUGUAUUUUGGGAGGAACGUUUGAGAUGCAAUACCAUUCAAAAGUUUGGGGGGCCCUUCUGCUUGGAAUUCCCCGGACAGACUGAUCUGAGUCUUCACCAAUUACAGUUGCUGGACAGACUGACUGCUGAAGGAAAACCCGACGGAGAAAUGAGUGAUUAUCCGCUGGCGGAGGACAGGCCUUGCCGGACGUCCUGAGACGCAGCUCUCCCUGUGAUCCGCACAAGACCCACUCCAAAAAAAAAAAAAAAAAAAAAAAACCGCCCUGCGAACAAUGGCGUGCACGUGAACUUCUGUGUGUGUGCGACCCUUUGGUGUGGGACACACACAUGCACCCGCUCAAACACAAUAGCAGUUUUGGGAAAGAAGCUAAGGUUGAAAAAGAACAAGAAGAGAGGGAAGAAAGGAGAAAUACUCUUAUUCGUUGGCGGGAGUGAGAGGUGGAGGACAGGGGAGGGCCACGGAGCUGCUCAUGUACCCGAGAGAAGGCCUUUCACUGGGGCUGGAGGAGAGGGGAGGAAAGACUGGCUCUCUGGCCUCUGGGCUGUCUCUCCUACAGCAGGUUGGCUGCUGGCAAUUCAGUCUCAAUGCUUGGGUAAGUGCUCA